AAUAACAGUGCAAUACUCCUUUGGCAGGAAUCUCAUCAUAUAUGGCUUUACUUACCAUGGAUUUCUGCCAAAGGAGAAUUGCCCUGCCAUUCAACUGCCCUACAGAAAUGGCGGGGUUGAGAAGCAUGCAAUCGUCGCCGGGAGGAUUUUUGGGUUGUUUCGAUCAUCUAAACUGGAGUGGAUACAUAUGGCUGCCGGACAGACACCGGAGGGGAGUUUAGCUAGCGGCGGAGGUCCAGAUCUGUUCAAACGUUGUGGUUAUCAUGGUAACCAUUUUAACUGCAGGCGGCUUGGUUUGGUUUUAGACACUGAUAAUCAAUUAAACCAAACUAACCAGUUAUGUAAUUG